AUGAAGAAAUCGGUUCUCGAUACUCCGACGAUCAAACUACUCCAGAUAUGGAUUUCAGCAGACCACGAAGAGCGAUCGUCAUUAACACUCCAUUUGAUUUGGAUCAUAGUGAUUCUCCAAUUCAAUAUAGAAGGAAAUUCCAAGCACUAUAAAGACAAUUCCCUUGCUCAUCUCUUCAUCAUGAACAACGUUCACUACAUCGUCAAAAAGAUCAAAGGCUCAUCAGAGCUGAGAGAGAUGAUCGGAGAUCAUUACCUGCGAAAACUCACAGCAAAAUUUCGGCAAGCUGCAACAAGCUACUAA